AUGGCCACGCUUACGCUCAAAGUAAAAGUCGCCGUGCGCGACCACUGGGACAGCCCUGAAAGCACCGUGCAAGCCUCCCUCGCCAAACUCCAGUCCAUCAUCGGCUACGAGGUCUGCAUCAGUCCGGAAUGGCCCCUCCUCCUCGCCGCCCUAGGAGACCACUACAGCGACAAGGGCAACUUCGUGCCGGCCGUUGCUGGUGUCGUCAAGGCCUGGAGCGAGGCGGCCGCGCAGCUUCUCGAGGAUGAUAACAAUGAGGAGUGGACGGAGGAGGUGCUCGAUAAGCUCAAGGAAUCGGGCUCGAGACUGAGAUUGGUCCUGGAGGCUUCCAAAUCAGAAGAUGCCUCGACCACCUGGAAUCCCGUCCAGGAAGCCUUCGUCAUCUCCCUCCCCAACACCCAAGUCACCAACCCUCUCUCCUACAUUAGCCCCUUCCAAGCCCACCUCCUCACCGCCUUCGACGAGAAAAAGGCGGCACCCACGGUCCCUGUCCUGCAUGACUCUGGCCACUCAGAUAUCCCUGGUGGCCCCGGCGAUGACUGGGCCUCCAUAGUGGUCGAGCCCGUCGUCAAGACCUCUAUCAAUCCAACCCCCUCGUCACAGCGACGAGCACCCAACGUGGAGUACAUCCCAGACAUCAAUUCCGUCCCUCGCCCCGAUGAACUCCUCCUUCGACCUCCCUAUCACCUCAUCGUUUUCGCUCGCAGCCUCAAUGAGAUCGAGAUCCAGUGCAGUCACAGUCCAACUCUGAAAUUCCUCUCAGCUUAUCUGGCAAAAUGGUGCCGUACCAAUCACCAGCUGCACAACAAGCCCCCAUCUGUGGAAUCCAAUCUUCACCAGUCCGCCUACGGCCUCGGGACGUGGCAUGACCGCCUCACGCUCUAUGCCGAGAAUCGCUACAGCGGCGGUCAUUGCAUCACCCCGCCAAUUAUCCUUUCGCUUGUCGAGAGUCUGCUGGGUUAUGAAUUGACGUACCAAGAGAGCUCGCGCUGGGUGUACCGGAAAGACACCCCGUUCAAGAAUCUGUAG